ACCAGCUCCUCAUUCAUCAUCCUGCUGACAUCUGCACAGCUGCGAUAGGCUAAUACGUUGUUUUUCCCCCACUCUUCCUCAUUUUUGAGAUUCUACAUCAAACAGGUAUGAUAAAGAUGAUCUGGGGUCUGUGCCUGCUUUGUUUGGCUGCUAGUUUAAGAGCAGUGCAUGCAGGACCGGUGAGGAAGACCGGCAAGAUGGAAGACAAGGCUACGCCGAAGGAAGAAAUCAACGUGCUCAUGUUUGGCGUCAUACAGUUCAGCGAAUCCCUUAACUAUGUUUAUGAAACCACCGAGGCCAAGAUCACCAAAAUCAGCCAGACUUUGAGGAGCCAUGAGGGGACUCUCCAAAAGCUGGGGAGGGAGACUGAACAGGCUGCGGAAGUGGAGAAACAGAUUAAAGAAGUGAUACAGUUGCUACAGACCCAGGUGGCCAAGCAACAGGCUCAGACCAAGAGGACUAAAGACUGGCUGGUCAGCAUGGAGCAGGAAGAGGUGGAGCUGAAUGCCAAAGUGAAGAAGUUGGAAUCGUAUCUCAACAUCAACAUGAGCAUCAAAGAGCUGCUGGAGAAAGCUGAGGAGCAAUCCAACGUCCUGAAAGAUUUACAGCAUUUGACCCAGUUCCAAAAAGAGAAUAUUGAGACUCAGAAUGAGCAGCUCUCCAAACUCCAGAAGAUGAGUGAAGCUAUGACAUAGUUCUGAGAUUCACCACUGAGGUCUCGGAGUCUACCCAGAUUUCACCUCUGUGAUGUCACUGCACUCCCUUCCAGCCCUGCGAUGAUUGCUAUACAGCCAGAAACUAUUUUUUUUAGUAGUCUUAUGAUUAUGUCCUUGUUGUUGUGGCUCUCAUCCAUCUUUUAUGUUUUUAUGACUUUUGUUUGUUUUGACUUUGAUAUACUAAGUAAACUUUGUUUCUCAAGAGAGAAAUUUAAUAAAACUGUUAAAUUAUUAUAGAUUUUUAAGAUGUGUACUAUGUAAAUACAUAUAUAGAAA